AUGGAACAGCGGUCGGGCAGCUCGGUCAGUAGUAGUGCAGUAUCGAACGAGGAAGCUGCUGUAACAACAAAGACGAAUCCUAAGGCGACGACAACGACGACGACAACAUCAUCGAAAAACCAAGCAGGCAAUACUAACAUUAAUAGUUCACAGUCACGCCUGGUCAGCCCGGGAAGUGGUGGAACAUCUCCGGUUCGGUUGGAAGCCCUCAUCGCCGAAGAAACACUGGCUGGACAGAAGUCGGAAGACAGUUUAAGCAUCAAAUCGUCCGAUUCCGUUACGACCAGCGGAGAGUACGAAAUUGUCCCGGAAGCUCCGGUCCAGGGGCAGGAUCCCUCCGGCCGGGUGCUGGAUGAACCCAGUGCCCCCAGCAGCACACGGGAUCCGAUACGCUGUGCGCUCAAUGGCAGUGCCGGAAGCGACGACAUCGGUGCCGAUCUAGCGGAGUGCAUUGCAGACGAAGGACUGGGCAAGAAAGAUAGUGUCGGACCGUCGCCGAGCAACCGGGUGGAGGGUGAAGAUACGAACGUCAAAGUCCCGGUCAAAGUCGAGGCCAUUUCACCUAUACUGAACAUUGAAGGCAACGGUAAUAUGAUGGAUCUGGAAAAGAACAUGAACGAAGUCAUUCACGAGCUGGAGGAGGAACGUACACUCAGCGGAGCGACCGAUCCCAUUUCAUCCAAUGAAGCCACACCGGUUCGGAGCCCGGAAAAACGCGACAUAGCCCCAAAGAAACCAAAGCCCCCAGUACCGACCUCUCUACGGCUAGGUCUGCAGAGUAUGCACCCAGGAUCGACGGACACCACCCCGCAGGCACUAGUCUCCCCCGAAGGUUUCGCCCGCGGAGUCGGCCAGUCGGUGUUUUACGAUUGCCUCGACAGCAGCCCCAUGACAGAGAAGAAGGACGACAUGAAACCGGUGGAUGCCCAUGGUGGUGGUGCUUGUGAAACCGACGACGAACUGUCCGAUAUCGACCAGGACUGUACAAUCUUCAGUGGUGUCACGUACCUUGGGGCAUCCCGCAUCAAUGCGCCCAAGUCGGAGCGCGAGAUUCUCCAGAAAGUUUCCGAAAUGAACGGUAGCGGCGGAGUGGCGGUGGUUGGUGGUGUUGCGGGUGGCCCAGGCAAUGGCUCGGAUAGUCCGCUUGGGUUAAAGGUUUCCGUUAGCAUUCCCACCUGUUCCGAGGGGCUUGUGGUUUUGUACGAUUGCGAAUCGAACGGGGUGGUGGCAACGUACGAGGUGCAACGGAUACUAUUCUUCGCCCGCGGUCCUGCCGGCUCGGACGAUCAGGCUUGCUUCGCGUUCACCUGGUCCCAUGGGGAAUCGCAGGAAACGGCCGUCCACCAGUGCCAUGUGUUUCGCUGCAACAUUCCCGAAGCGGUCACGCAAGUUAGCAGUUGCUUUGCAAAAGCCUUCCAGCGGGUGCUGCCCCCAAGCAUUCCGGCGAGCUUGACCACCUCGCUGGCUACCGACAGUGGCAUGAACGUGAUGCUCGCCUCGGUCACUUCCGACACGGCCGGCAACCCAAUGCACGCCGCCACCUACGUAAUUGCGGUUGCGCUCGAGAUCAAGGAGAAGGAGCGUGGUAGCUACGUGACGGUGCAGCGUGAUGUGCGAUCCAGCUUCCGCCUGCGCUGCAAAACCGACAAAGAGGUGUGCAUAACCGUCCGCCAGGUGCUCUCGGAUAAGUUGCUUCCCCCGCUGCAAAUCGAACGGUGCUUCGGGGUGCUGCUAAGUCCUGGGAAAAUCGUACGCCAAGCUGACAUGCAACUGCUCGAUAUGGUGAGCAUGGGGUACGUGUCGAAGCCACAGCAGCAGCAGCAACAACAACAACAAGCACCAGAAGGCUCACUGGCCGGUGUUUGCGGUGAUCUCGGCGGUGCGGGAACCACCGUCGGGAGCAUCAGUGGUGGCGGUGGAAACAUUGUGCAGUUUCCGUACCAAAUCAAGGCGGAAUGGAAAGCGCACGCGUUCGAACCGCUCAACACGGAAACGUCCAAGCAGGCGCUCACCGUUGCCGUCGAUCUAGUCAUCAAGGGUAUCCAGGAGCCGGUGCGAUUCGUCAUAGAAACGACCGUCGCCAUCUUGCCUCAGUCGGAGUUGCGCAUCGUGUCGAAUCUGUUUAACAACAAGCGUCCACUGCUGCUGCACUACUAUCUCACGCUGCGUGAAAACGGUGAAGGCACCUGGGAGGUCGAUUCGAUCAACCACUCGGACGAAAUCGUGGAUCCACCCGCGGCGGCCGGCGGUGGAUCGGCUUCGGCUGCCGCUUCUUCGUUGUCGUUGAACUUUAACUUCAAAAACUGGACAUUCCGCAACUCCACGAGCGUGCAGUCGAUGCAGGAGGAGUUCGAAGACGUCAGUCCGGUGGACUGCAGCUCGGACGGGGACGAACCGCUGCUUAGUGGCACGGGCGAGGUGUCGAAGGACUGUCCGCUCGCACAGCUGGCCGAGUGGAACGGCAUCAUACAAGAGUGGGACCAGGAUGGGCCGGAGAAGCGCCCAAAAGUGAUUGCCAACCUCGUACGAAUGGGCAUUCCGGAACCGAUGCGAGGGCUGGUUUGGCAGCGACUCGCUUGCAUCGGGAACCGUUCGGAGAUGUUCGAUUCCUAUCGGGUGCUCAUAACGAAGGAAACGAACUGCGAGACCGUGAUCCAACGGGACAUAAAUCGAACGUUUCCGGCGCACAAGUUUUUCAAAGAAAAUGGUGGCAUCGGCCAGGAGAACCUCUAUAAGGUGUCGAAGGCAUACGCCGUGUACGACACCGAGGUCGGUUACUGCCAGGGGUUAAGUUUCAUUGCGGCGAGUUUGUUAUUGCAUAUGCCAGAAGAAGAAGCGUUCUGUGUGCUAGUAGCUCUAAUGUACAACUAUGGCCUGCGAGAUAUGUACAAGAUGGGCUUCGAGUCUCUCUAUCUGCGACUCUACCAACUGAAUCGCCUGAUGAAGGAUCAACUGCCCGAUCUGUACGAUCACUUCGUGGCGAUGGGUGUAGAGUCGCAUAUGUUCGCAAGCCAGUGGUUCCUGACACUCUUCACCGCCCGCUUCCCGCUGUACUUUGUAUUCUACAUCCUCGACGUGUUCCUGCUCGAUGGCAUACCUGUGCUGUUUCAAGUGGCACUGACGCUUCUGAGCGUCUGCCGCAAGGAGCUGCUCGAGCUGGACUUCGAAGGCAUCCUGAAGUACUUCCGCGUGACACUGCCGAAAAAGUGCCGCAGCGAGGCACAGGCCAACAAGCUGAUGCGCAUGGCGUUCGAGUUUAAGGUGAAGAAGUUGCGCAAGUACGAACUCGAGUAUCUGGCCAAGAAGGAGGAGACGGAGCGCAAGGAGCAAGAGCUCAAGCAGUACGAGCUGCGCUACGGGGAGGAACGGGCAAAGCUCCAGCAGGAGAUUGCCACGCUGAACGAGAAGCUGGACGUGAUGGUGAGGGAGGAUCGCAAGAACGCUGGUAUCAUACAGGAUUACAAGCGCAUAAUUCAGCGGCAGGAGGCUGAAAAUGGUAAACUACACACCAUGCUUGACGAUCUAACGAAAACUAUUUCCACCUGCAGUAAAUGUGCAUCGAGCAUACCACAAUCCUCACCGUUGCAUAACAGCUAUGGCAAAAACCUGCAGCAGGCUAACAGUGUCAACAACAACCACCAUGACCAAGGUCCACUGUCGGCGGACCAACCGGACGGUGGUUCCGGAACCGGUUCGGGCAAUAGGAACUCCUCCUCCUCGGCUGCUGCCACCAUCGGAGGACUGGGACCGCUCGAUCCGUUAGUCAUUGCUUCGCAGCGAAUACGUGAACUGGAGCUCGAGCUAGCCCAAACCAAGCUGGCCCAAGUUGAGGCGGAGUGCAAAAAUCAGGAUCUUCAUCAUCAACUAAAUACUACCGUUACCGAGCUUCAGGCCACUCGCAGCAGCUGGCAGCCGUGGCUAUCCAAAACACUCAACUCCAUACAAGAGAAGGUGGCCACCAAGCGGGAUGUCAAUCCGCCCGUUCCUACCUUUCACUCCUACACCGCUUCGGAAGCCAACGUGAAAAAUCAUUCCCAAACGCUGCCGCAAAUGCGCAACAACAACAAUAAGGCAAACCUGGCCCAACGCCAUAGCCUCGCGCAAGUAAACUUUACGGCCCCUGGAUCCAUGCCGGCAUCUACGAACGAUACAACCGAUCCGGGGGGCCACGAGACAACGCCGGCCAUGCUCGCGAGAGCCAAAUACGACAGCAGUCUAAACAUACUGUACAAGGAUUCUCGAUGCAAUAGCUUGAAGUAGAACGGUGGCCGGAAAGCGGCACUAAACAAACAAAACCCCCCCAACGGUGUUGAAAAUGUGAAAGCCUUCUGAAGGCUCACGAACCUGAACACAUCAUCCGGUAGCACGAAGCACCCGAGCACCAACAAUGGGCAUGACGUGCGAUCGUGAAGCCGGAGAGUUUUUUAGUCCAAUCCAAGUAAUCCAAGUGCUUAGGAUUAGUAUUUUAAGUUUCGUCCGCGUUCGGGCGAUGAGUAGAGAAAGUAAGGCCAGCCAUCAGAUUAUUCUUGUUGUUAGUGUUUGAAUAGAAAACAGAGAGGGCGAUAAAGAGAGAGAGUUGCAACGAACGCACUUGAGAUUCUGCGAAAGUAAAUCUCGUUUCUUUUCGUAGCAUACCUUGCGCUUAUUCCACUAAAUUGCCAGGGCCAGCGGGUCCGUGACACAUGAACUUGUAGUUUCUUCCGAAAUUGCAAACUUUGAGGCUUUGGAAUGCAUUGCUUUGCGGAUCGUACCAUACAUUCCCCGGAGACAGCUGCUGAUCGACAAGUAUGGUUGAUCAUUUUGAGUAAAAUUUGUAGGUUCGUUUGAAUUCUAAAACUUGGGUGCAGAAAACACUAUCCAAAGGGGCGAAGAUUUUAAAUCAUAUUUCUUCGUUACUGCGAAACAGGUGCUUUACCAACUGAGCUAGGCAAAUCGAGCGUUUCUCGAUGCAUACGAUAUCAGUUUUAUGCAAGUACAUUAUCCCAAAGAACUAAAUUGAAAUCAUGCGGAGCAAGACUUAUUUCAGAUAUUACGAAAGCAGACAAAAACAUUCUCAUUUUGAAUUAGAAUUCCUUUAGCAGUUGGGAUGUAAUUUAAUUUGUUUCUCCCGUGAAUUAACUGACCUAUUGCCUUGCAUCCACGGAAUGUAAAGCAAUGAGCAUUUUUAAACUAGGGAAAAAAACUUCGGAAACCCGUUCUGGAGCUUCACAGGUCAAACGUAUCUUUUCGAUUUCUUUAUUAGAAGUUUCAUAUCAAUUUAUCUUACCAUGUACAUUAUUCUCAUUAGAAAAUAACGUAUUAGACGGCAUGACGUUAUCUUUUUUUUAGAGAGCAAAUAAUCUCAGCGUUCUUAGAAGGUAAAACAUGGUAAAUGUGUCAUGUAGUGGAACUCCUUUUGCAGCUGUUUGGUCGGACUAUUUCCGUACGAAAAAUAUAUAUGAAUUUGGUUUACGUACUUGAAAGCGAUAUUUUUCCAAACAACAGGGUACAAAAUUACAUUACAACCACCUGCAUCGGCAGAUGUGGGUUGAAGCAAAAUCAAAAUGAUUGUUUUUUCUUUUUACAUAAUUUAUCGUCGAAAAACGGUGAAUCUAGGUACUCAGCUAUUACAGAUUGCGUUGUUAAUGGUUUUGGAUGAAAUUACGUCUUUUUUGUCUGCUGAAUUAACCACGUAACCAUAGUUUAUGAUAAACACACACUCUCUAACAUAGACGUAUUUAAACCAAAAUAAAAUUCUCAUGCCGAUCGUUUG